AUGAAGGCCGAGCGGAAGUCCUUCGGUGAGGACUACACUGAGUUCGAUCUCCAUGGCUACUCCUGUCAACUCGCUGAGGAGACGAUGAUUGGUGCUUUCUCCCAACCAGUGCAUAUCAACGUACAAACGGAGGAGAGUAAGGCUAAGCUUGAACAGCACUACUUCACCUUCGUCAUUGGAAGGGGAAAGCAUUCCAAUACUAAAAUGGCUGUCGAUCUGAGUAAGGCUGUUGCUGACGGACUGCGUCAAGCAGGAUUACAGGAGAGCCGACAUGCUUGCAAGGACGAGAGGGGGACUUUCAAGAUCAUCGCGGAUAAAGACAUCGCCACCAAGGUCCUCAAAGUUUAUCCAGUGAUGGACAUACAAGUCGCCGAAGCUUCUGAUGUGAGCAGUGAUGAUGAGGAAAGUGUGGAAAAAGAGUUGGAAAGACUGCAAGAACUCACAAAAGAGUCGCUCACUUUGAGAGGGCUGAGCCAUGCUAUAGUGGAAACUCGUUGUCUUGCUGGCAAUCUUACUGAAGAUCAAAAGCUGUAUCUUGGUCAUGAUCUGUCGGAGGUUUUCAAGACACUUUUCGAGGCGUUCCGGAAGGAAAUAGAGUCGCCAACAUUCGUUUGUACUGAGGAGGAUAAGGAAGCCGCGAUGGAGUUGCUUCAAUUGGAGUUGAAUCGUGCUAAAGUGCUUCCGCACAUUAGCGACCUUCAACAACGUUUGCAGAAGAUCGAACCCAGUGAGCCCGGCCCUGUGCUGAAAGAGCGUCGAAAAGCACUGAAGAUGAGGCAGAAACAAUUGGAUGAACUCGAGGAUGUUUGGGAUAGGAGUUCCCAUGGGCGGUUCAAGUUCCCAUCAGUUGAAGCUAUGACGAAGCAUUCUAACAGAAUGGAAGAAGUCAGAAAGGAAAUCGAUAGUAUCAAUGAGAGAAUAGAUUAUCUUUUAGACUUCAAAGAGUAG